GGAGAUGCAGGAAGCUGUGAGCAAAGCUUUGUCCAGGAAAGCUGCUGCAAAUGGGCUCCGUCGCCCUGGGCUGGGGAAGAAACUCCUGGAGCCGGAGGCAGCCAGUGAAGAGGGGCUGCUGAUGGAACUCAGAGUAGGAUCCGGUCUCAGCCCACCUGCCUUGGGAGCCUGCAGUCCCCCGGUGGGAGAGAUGCCCCAUUGGUGCCUGCAGUGUGGAAAGAACUUUGGCCAGAAGGCAGACUUAGAAAAGCACCAGGUGAACCACACUGGGCAGUGUUCGUACAUCUGCAGCGACUGCGGAAGAAGCUUUACCAAACACCUGGCCCUCUCCACCUGUCAGGGAGCAUGCCCAGGGGGGAGUUCCUUCAGCCACGCCGGCUGCCGAAGGAAAAGCUUGCCUCCGCCGUCUAGUGAGAUCGUAGCGCACAGGAAAGAGCGGAAGGAACUGUCCCUGCAGGAGAAGGUCCGGGUGCUGGAGGUGCUGGAAGGGCCCAAGGUCUCCCAGAGCGAACUGGCCAAAAGAUUCGGCGUCUCCCAGCCCCAGAUCUGCCGCAUCAUCAAGAACAAGGAGCGGAUCCUGGCAGAGUGGUGCAAAAAUGGCAACCCGGGACGCAAGCGCAAGCUGGAGCAGAAGGGCACGGCCAGCGAGGCAGCCCUCCUGCAGUGGUUUGAGCGCAGCUGUGCGGCCAGCCUCUCCACCAAUGGGACGCAGCUCCAAAACAAGGCCAGGGCCCUGUCUGAGACCCUGGAAAAACCAGAGCUGCUUGGUUGGCUGGCCGGCUUCCAGUCAAGGCAGAAAGCCGCACCGGAAGAAGAGCGCUGGGAAAACGCAGUCCCGCCAAGUCUCCUAAGCCAAUAUAAUCCUUCUGACAUCUACGCUUGUGGUGAAACUGGCCUCUUAUUCCGGGCUACUCCAGAAGGUCUGUUGAUGGAGCCCAGACAGGACGCCAGGGACCGACUCACCAUUUUGCUGUGCACCAACUUGGAUGGUUCGGAUAAAAGGGACCCCCUGAUCAUCGGCAAGGGACCCAAACCCUUCGGCUUCUGGGGGGUCGGUGCGGAGACGUACAGAGCCCACAGGAAAGCCUGGAUGACGGCCACCAUCUUCUCCGAGUGGCUCCAGAGGUUCAACGAAGACAUGAAAUGCAAGCAGAAAAGCGUGGCGCUCUUCUUAGUCCCGUGUGCCGCCCAUCCCUCCCUGGAGCUCUCAAACGUCAAGAUGGUGUUCCUGCCACGGCAGCCUUCCCGGCUCCGUCCUCUCGAGCAAGGCAUUAUCCAGAAUUUUAAGGGUCACUACCGGCGGAGAAUGCUCACCCGACUGAUCGCCAGCCUGGACAGUAAAGCAUACAGCUCUCCAAACACCCUGUCCGAGCAGCUGACUCUUUUGGACGCCGUCCACAUGAUCUUCCAAGCCUGGUCGGAGGUCUGUCCGCAGACGGUCACCAACAGCUUCAGAGCCGCUGGCUUCAGCACCAGUCCUCGCAUCCCGGCUCCUCCGGGGGAUGUCGUCCGAGCCCUCGGCUUCCUGAACCAAGAGCAGUUUGAGCGGUUUGUGCUGGUGGACGAAGGCCUGGAGUGUUUUGGGGAACAGGACAGUGCUGAGAGGGUGGGAAGGGACCAGCGGCGGGAAAACCCCAUCUCUGGGACACCGGAGGAGGAAGAAGAGGAGGCCUUGGCUCUUCUCCUCUGCCCCUCCAAGGCGGAAGUUCUGGAGAGCCUGGCCAAACUGCGUCGCUACUUUGAGUGCCAGUCGGCAUCGCCAGGAGCGUUCCAGACGUUCUACAAGCUGGAGGACGUGGUCCACGGGAUGUCUCUUGCUGAUAUGCAAGCCUCAAGGGCCAGAGCCCUGAACAAAGAGUGACCCAGAGCGCAAAACGUGAAGUGGAG